AGUCAAUAAUGGAGUUCCAUUUGUUAUGGUCAAUAAUGGAGUUGAAGAUGAAUCACAUUCAAAGCGACAUUAAGACUACGACGACUCUGUCUGGCUUUAACGCCAGGUCACUCCUAACUCCAGGGUCCGUUAAAUUCCAUGGGUCGGCAACCCAGCUCAUCCAUCUUAAUUCCCCCUUUUUCACAACUGCCUGCAUUUAAAGUCAUCCAUAUCUUUUCACUUUCAUCAUAUUUAAUAAGAAUUUGGAGACCUGGGUUUUGUUGUGGGGAAGAAAAAGAAGUAAAGGAAGAAUGGAAUCCAAUGGGAAAGAUGAGGGAAUGGAAGAGCAACAGAGCUUGGAAAGCAGUGAGAUUGAGAAAAGCAAAGUGGGGAUCAUGAGAGCCCUUGUGGAAAGAGAAGAUCCCUCCUCCAAGGAAGUGGAUGAUUUCAUGAUCCGGAGAUUUCUUCGGGCUCGUGAUCAUGACAUUGAGAAGGCUUCUAACCUCUUCCUCAAGUACCUGAGUUGGAGGAAAGCAUUUAUGCCAAAUGGUUCCAUCUCAGAGUCGGAGAUUCCAAGAGAACUAGCUCAUAACAAGUUGUUUAUGCAAGGCGUGGACAAGAAGGGGCGCCCCAUUGUUGUUGUCUAUGGUGGGAGGCAUAAGCACACCAAGCUAGAGGAGUUUAAACGUUUUGUAGUCUACACUCUUGAGAAGAUAUGUGCCAGAAUGCCAGCGGGGCAGGAAAAGUUUUUAUCCAUUGCAGAUCUUGAAGGAUGGGGGUAUGCCAACAGUGAUGUUCGUGGAUACUUAGCAGCUCUAACAAUCUUACAGGAUUGCUAUCCGGAGAGGCUUGGCAAGUUAUUUAUUGUCCAUUCACCGUACCUAUUCAUGACUGCUUGGAAGAUGGUUUACCCUUUUAUCGAUGACAAAACCAAAAAAAAGAUAAUUUUUGUUGAGAACAAAAAGCUGAACUCCACAUUACUCGGUGAUAUUGAUGAGAGCCAACUACCGGAUGUAUAUGGCGGCAAACUGCCAUUAGUUCCGAUCCAAGACUGCUAAUGAAAUACCUUCACGCCCUGCUCAGUGAUAUUGAUGAAAGACAAAUACAUAUAAACGCUUCUUCAUUCCAAAACAAAGUAGUAGCUUCAUCUUCUCUUUUAUGUUCUACUACUUUUAUGUUAUACUACUUGAUAACAAAUUCUACAUUCUUAACCCUUAAGACAUCUGCCACUCGAAGGGGGUCAUAUAUUGUAUUACCAUUUUGAGUUAUUGCUACGCUUGUCUGCUCA